UCAGAAUGUUGCUUCUUACACCAGCAUCCACUUCACUAUUGUCACACCCAGCAAAUGGUCACAAUGUCACAUACAAAACAAACACAACCAGACUUCACACCCAACUCAAGGUCUUCUCCAUGGUCAAGCAAACCAGUGAAGAAACCGGCAGCACCACCACAGAGAAAAUAGCCAUAGCUGGCGGAUUGGUCUCGAAUCCGGUCAUUGGUUGAUCACUCUACGCCCUCAAGACCACCGGGUGCGGCCCUGCCUCCCGGACCGGUGGCUCCAUUGGUGCACUUGAAGGUGUGAGCUACCUAGCUGUGUUGGGAAUAGUUGGUUGUCUUCCCAAUGGACCAUUUGGAUUGUUGGGUGCCGUUGAGGGUCUGUCUUACUUGUCUUUGCUUGCCAUUUUGGUUGUGUUUGGUAUUCAGUUUGUUCAGCAGGGCUCCCUUCCAGGACCUCUUCCAACUGACCAGUGCUUUGGAUGAAGAUGGAGAUGAUGAUAAUGUGGAUUUUGGGCCACUACAAUUCUAUCUUCUGUUUGUGGCAGUCAUGAUUUUAAA